AUGGAAUUUCGUCGCCACCAUGCGGAUCUGUUGAUACAUCUGACCUACACCAAAUCAUUCGACGCGCGCAUUGCACUGACGUGGCCUCGCUGGGGAGAACGCGUUAUCGACCAAAUACAAAGAUUGGGCUGGAAGAUAACAGCUCUCGAUCCCCUUCAAUACACACUUCGCCCUUCCGCCAUGGCCGGCCAUCCCUAUGGUGGCCCACUCGGCAAUCCAUAUGAUGGCCCAGGAUAUCGCGGACACAACAAGGGUUCCUCUAAGGGAGGUCCCAGUGGCGUCCAGCGCUCCACAGCCAUGCAGCUCAAAGAGCAUGAGCCACUCUUCUCCACCUAUGAGCAUCUAGCGGGACAGGAACGAGGCGAUGCGGCCUUGCUGAUGUUGAGGAAAGCGUCUUCUCUGGUCAAGCCCAUCAUGCAGAAACACUGCUGGCGUGUCAAGGUGUUGGCCGAGUUCCUUCCUCCGGAGCAGAAUUUGCUCGGAUUGAAUAUUAACAAGGGCUACAAGAUCUGCAUUCGAUUGAGAUAUCACCACAACCACGAUCUGUUUCUACCAUUUGAGGAGGUAGUUGACACUUUGCUACAUGAGCUUUGCCACAACAUUUGGGGCCCUCACGACUCCGACUUCCACAAACUAUGGGAAGAGCUUCGCGAUGAGUACGAAGUUCUGGUACGCAACGGAUACACUGGCGAAGGUUUCUUGUCAGAAGGUAAGAAGCUGGGAGGGUCCAGCGGUCGCGUGCCACCUCCACAUGAAAUGCGAGAGAUUGCCCGUGUCAACGCAGAAAAGCGGAGGGCGCAAGGCGCUCUCUUCAGCGGCAGCGGACAGAAGCUGGGAGGCACGCCUGUCCAUCUCCAAGGACCAGACAUACGCCGAGUCAUGGCCGACCAGGCGAUUAGACGGAAAGCAAUCAGUUCUGGUUGUGCUUCUGGAUCUCACAAUGCCAUUGAGCUGUCUCAACAAGCGGAGAGCAGUGCUUUCAAGACCAAGGCUGAAGAAGAUGACGCCAACAACUUGGCCAUCGCGAAAGCACUUCAGGAGUUGAUGGAGCAGGAGGAGGAUCAGAAGCUCAAGAAAUCCUUUGAAGGAUCAUCAAUUGGCAGCGGAUUAUCCUGGAGUGCGAAGAACGGGCUGUACGACGCUGCACCAAGCCGGCCAACAUUGAACGGCCGUCAUGAUCAUCCCAGCGAGGAGGAGCAGAUGAAGUGGGCUAUGGAGGAUAGUGUACGAUGCGCUGGUGAGUCUUCAGCGCUGGAUGACGGGGCCAAGCAAGCGCUGCCAGGCCGCCAUAUACAAUCUGAGGACCACGAACGCACUGUAUCACCUGACGGUGAUGAAGGUGCUGUCGAGGCGAGGAACCUUGGUCGGGCAAUCACCCCUACGAAUGACAUACAAGACCAUGAGCAAGACACGUUCAGCAAACGCAAGCGCACCUCAAGCCGAUCGAUAUCAAGUCCUGCACCUGUCCAUCCACCCAAGCAGAAACGCAUCAUGGAAGGGACCAUCGACUCUAACGUAAAACCAACGACCUCCAUCCCUGCGUCUGCUCCAGGAAACGAAUGGGCAUGCGAGGUAUGCACUUGCAUCAACCCGUUGCAGUUCCUCGCCUGCGAUGCGUGCGGUGUUGAGCGGUCCCAAGCUGUGCUGUUGAAAGCGCAGCCGCCCAAACAGAAGCCAGUCGCUUCACAUGUCGUACCAAGACAGAGUCAGAAAGCGGAGAGCAAGCCUUCUGUACGCGACGAGAGUCUGGGAUGGAAGUGUCGUUGCGGUACGUUCAUGGAGCAUAAGUGGUGGACUUGCUCGGUUUGUGGGACGUUGAAGGCUUCGUCGUGA